CCCCCGCGUACGGAAAGGUUCACCGAGUCGCGAUCGAAAAUGUGGUUCGUAUUGUACUUGUUACUGGCGCUGCCACUGCUGGUGGUGGCCUAUCUGGAGCUGAGCACGUUUCGGCGAAGAAGAGCUCUGAAUAAAUUCAAGGGGCCCAGCCGGCUGCCCAUCGUGGGCAAUGCCCAUCAGGCCGGCAAGAGUCCCACAGAGAUUCUCGACCAAUUAUUUACAUGGUGGCACCAGUACGGCAACGAUAACUUUUGCUUCUGGGUUGGAUCCCACUCAAAUCUGAUUGUCACCAAUCACAAGUAUUUGGAAUUCAUACUCAGCAGUCAGACACUGAUUUCCAAGUCGGAUAUCUAUGACCUCACCCAUCCAUGGCUGGGCCUGGGCCUGCUUACCAGCACGGGCAGCAAAUGGCACAAGCACCGGAAGAUGAUCACGCCCGCCUUCCACUUCAACAUACUGCAGGACUUUCACGAAGUGAUGAACGACAACUCCACAAAGUUCAUUAAGCACCUGAAGAAUGUGGCAGCGGGCGACAACAUCUUUGACUUUCAGGAGCAGGCCCAUUACUUCACUCUGGAUGUCAUUUGCGACACUGCCAUGGGAGUGUCCGUCAACGCAAUGGAAAACCGAAGCUCCUCGAUUGUUCAAGCAUUCAAAGACAUGUGCUACACCAUCAACAUGAGAGCCUUCAAUCCGUUCAAGCGUAUUGACCUGCUGUUUCGCUGGGCUCCCGAGUACCCAGCCUAUUGCAAGACCCUGAAGACCCUGCAGGACUUUACCAACGAUAUCAUCGAUAAGCGCAUCAAGGCCCACAAAGACGGCACAGUCUCGGCCAGUAAGGGCGAUGAAUUUUCCCGCAAGAAAAUGGCCUUCCUAGACACCUUGCUUUCAUCUACGAUCGAUGGUCGUCCGCUUACGACUCAGGAGCUGUACGAAGAAGUCUCCACAUUCAUGUUCGAGGGGCACGACACGACCACUUCGGGAGUGUCCUUUGCCGUUUACUUGCUCUCCAGACACCAGGACGAGCAGCAGAAACUCUUCAAGGAACAGCGCGAGGUGAUGGGUGAUUCCGGGCUGAGUCGUGACGCAACCUUCCAGGAAAUCUCCCAGAUGAAAUACUUGGAUCUGUUCAUCAAAGAGGCACAGCGCCUGUAUCCCAGUGUGCCAUUCAUUGGUCGCUUCACUGAGAAGGACUAUAUUAUUGAGGGCGAACUCGUGCCGAAAGGCACCACCCUAAAUUUGGCACUCGUUAUGCUCGGCUACAAUGAGCGUGUGUUCAAGGAUCCGCACAAGUUCCGGCCCGAACGUUUUGAGCUGGAGAAACCAGGUCCCUUUGAGUAUGUGCCCUUCAGUGCCGGCCCCCGCAACUGCAUUGGCCAGAAGUUCGCUCUGCUGGAGAUCAAGACGGUGGUGUCCAAAAUUAUUCGCCACUUUAAAGUGCUGCCUGCUCUGGACGAGCUUGCCUCCAAGGAUGGAUAUAUAAGUACUACCCUGGGAUAUCGGCCUGAAGAAAGGAAGAAGCGCGACCCGCUUCGCCACAAAUACGAUCCUAUUCUGUCUGCUGUACUGACCCUAAAGGCCGAGAAUGGUCUCUUUAUCCGCCUUAAGGAAAGAACAGUAUACUACUUGCUGUCAUUGUUGGAAUUGAAAAUGUGGCUGGUGUUAUAUGGAUUCUUGGCUCUGCCGCUGCUCCUGUGGCUCUACCAGGAGUUGAGCACAUUCAGGCGUAGGCAAUUGCUGAAAAAGUUCAAGGGGCCGAAACGAUUGCCCAUCGUCGGCAAUGCCCAUCAGAUGGGUAAAAAUUCAACAGAAACUCUCGACCAGCUAUUUGCGUGGUGGUACCAGUAUGACAAGGACAAUAUUAGCUUCUGGAUAGGAUCUACCGCCAAUGUAUUGGUCACAAAGCCCAAGUUCAUAGAGUAUAUACUCUCCAGUCAGACACUGAUAAGAAAAGCUGAAAGCUAUCAUCUAACCCAUCCAUGGGUGGGCUUGGGCCUGAUCACGAGCACGGGCAGUAAGUGGCACAAACAUCGGAAGAUGAUCACGCCCUCCUUCCACUUCAACAUCCUGCAAGACUUUCACAAGGUGAUGGACGAAUACUCCAACAAAUUCGUGCGGCUACUGAAAAAAGUGUCUGCUGGAGAUAGUAUCUUGGAUAUCCAGAAUCAUGUCGCUUACUUGACCCUGGACGUCAUUUGCAACACAGCCAUGGGAGUGUCCAUUAACGCAAUGGAAAACCGAGCGUCAGAAAUAGCGCAAGCAUUCAGGGACAUAUGCGUCAACGUCAACAUGAGAUCCUUCCAUCUGUGGAAGCGCAAUCAAAUGCUCUAUCGAUUGGCCUCCGACUAUCCCGCCUACUGUAAGACGCUUAAGACCCUGCACGACUUUACCCACGAUGUCAUCGAGAAGCGCUUGAAGGCCCACAAAGAAGGGACUGCUUCUGCAAAUCAGGGCGAUGAGUUCUCGAGGAAGAAAAUGGCCUUCCUGGAUACGUUGCUCUCAGCAACAGUUGACGGUCGCCCGCUGACGUCCCAGGAGCUGUACGAGGAAGUCUCCACAUUUAUAUUCGCAGGCCACGACACGACCACUUCGGGAAUAUCUUUUGCCUUAUAUUUGCUCUCCAGACAUCAAGACGAGCAACAAAAACUCUUCGAGGAACAGCGCGAGGUGAUGGGUGAUUCUGGGAUGGGUCGUGAUGCAACCUUCCAGGAAAUUUCUCAAAUGAAAUACUUGGAUCUGUUCAUCAAGGAGGCCCAGCGCGUCUAUCCCAGUGUGCCAUUCAUCGGGCGCUAUACCGAGACCGAUCAUUUAAUUGAUGGCAACCUUGUGCCGAAGGGCACAACCCUAAAUUUGGCACUCGUUAUGCUCGGCUACAAUGAUCGUGUGUUCAAGGAUCCGCACAAGUUCCGGCCCGAGCGGUUUGAGCUGGAGAAACCAGGUCCCUUUGAGUAUGUGCCCUUCAGUGCCGGUCCCCGCAACUGCAUUGGCCAGAAGUUCGCCUUGUUGCAGAUUAAGACGGUGGUGUCCAAAAUGAUUCGGAACUUUGAGGUGCUGCCCCCAGCGGAUGGACUCGAGUCUAAGGAUGGCUAUCUUAAAACCACUAUGGGCUUGCUCACUGCAGUGAAAGUGAAGAGAGAAGCUUAUCGUCAUAAAUACGAUCCAAUUCUGACUGCCGCGCUGACCCUCAAAUCGGAAAACGGUCUUCAUAUCCGUUUGAGGGAGAGAAAUUAGAUCAU